GUUGUUCUGUUCAUUGUGCGAGAUGGUUAACGCUGAACCCAGUACAUCUGACGGUCGAAAAGGACGAAAUAAGCGUAAAAGAGAUAAUGCAGGUGCGGGCUAUUGUGGACUGACCCCGGAGGAAGUCCGAAAUCUUUCACAAUAUCUUAUGAGCUCCGAUGAGGAUGAGCCCGAAGAUCCCUUUGCUGACAGUGGAAGCGAGUUUAUUCCCAGCUCGGAAGGUGAAUCUUCAGAGGACGACUACUUGCAAGUGUCUGAAGGUGAAGACAACAAGCAUGAUUCAUCUCAAACGCCGGUCUUGGAACCUGAGACAGCAAUGGACGAGAGAGAAUGGAUAUUAUUAGAGAACGUACUAGGUUAG